GGAAUUCUGCUUACGAAGAAAACGAACACGUCCACGGGAUUAUUUUGCUUGCUUGUGCCUGGAGCUUGAGAACGACACGGACUGAUAAUCAAGAUAUGGGUUUUUGUGCCUGAAAUAAACUGAUUUCUGCGCCAUGGACUAUUAAAAAGAUUUCAGGAUACCUAAGAGAAGUGGUUUUAGGCUGUAUGAGUGGUUUAUUCUUUGGGAAUGGUUCAUUAGUGCUACCCAAUGCUGCUUCACUUCACUUGCUUGGCUUUUAUCCACUUCAACUUACUUUUUGAAGGUUUAUGCUUAAUUUCCUAGUAUUGCCUUCUUAUUUGAUUGUGGAUUGUUUGUGAAUAUCUGCACUCUGGUAUCAAGCUUAUCAUGACGUCUACCAGCCCCAGAACAGUUGCGUAUUUUUAUGAUUCUGAUGUCGGCAACUUCCAUUUUGGGCCCAGCCACCCGAUGAAGCCUCAUCGACUGGCUGUGACUCACAGUCUGGUGCUCAACUAUGGCCUCUACAAGAAGAUGCACGUGUACAAGCCCUACCGUGCCAGCAGCCAAGACAUGGUACGAUUCCACUCCGGGGAGUACAUCGACUUCCUGCAGAGGGUCACGCCCAUGAACAUCCACAGCUUCAGCAAGAGUGCCACCCACUUCAAUGUUGGCCUUGAUGACUGUCCCGUUUUUGACGGUCUGUACGACUUUUGCUCGAUGUACACGGGCGCUUCUCUGGAUGGCGCCACCAAGCUGAACCACAACACGUGCGACAUCGCCAUCAACUGGUCGGGCGGUCUCCACCACGCCAAGAAGUUCGAGGCCUCCGGGUUCUGCUACAUCAACGACAUUGUCGUGGCUAUCCUGGAACUACUCAAGUACCACCCGCGGGUGCUGUACAUCGACAUCGACUGCCACCACGGCGACGGCGUGCAGGAGGCGUUCUAUCUGACGGACCGCGUCAUGACCCUGUCGCUGCACCAGUACGGCAACGGCUUCUUCCCCGGCACAGGCGACAUGUACGAGCUGGGCUCGGAGGCCGGCAAGUACUACUCUGUGAACGUGCCGCUCAAGGGCGGCAUCGACGACCCCAGCUACAUGCAGAUCUUCAAACCCGUCAUCACGUCUGUGAUGGAGUAUUACCGGCCGACGGCCAUCGUGCUGCAGUGUGGCGCCGACUCUCUGGCUCUGGACCGACUCGGCUGCUUCAACCUCAGCACCCGCGGACACGGCGAGUGUGUGAAGAUGGUGAAGGACCUGAACGUGCCGACCCUGGUGCUGGGCGGCGGCGGCUACGUGCUGAAGAACGUGGCGCGCUGCUGGACCUACGAGACCUCGAUCCUGGUGGACACGGAGAUCAGCGACGAGCUGCCCUACACCACGUACUACGAGUACUUUGCGCCGGACCUGUGUCUGCACGUGGACAGUAUCCCGCGCCAGGAGAACGGCAACACCAAGGCCUACAUCGAGAGCAUCAUCCGCACCACACAGGACAACCUUCGCAUGGUCGAGUUCGCUCCCAGCGUUCAGAUGCACGAGCGGCCACCGGACUUUAUCAAAAAGGAAGAGGACGAGGACAUGAAGAACCCCGACGAGCGGGAGACGGAGGAGGAGGCGAAUGCCAGGGUGGAGCCCGAGAACGAGUUCUACAACGGGGAAAAGGACAAUGACCAGGACGCCACCUCGAGAACCACGUGACUCGCUCCGUCCGGACGGACUGUAAAGUGAGCGUGUCACGUGACCGUGGAGGUCGGCCAGGGCUACGACGUCCAGCGGAUGGCCUCCGUAUAAGUGUAUUAAGAUCUCUGAUAAGUGAGAACGGGUCGCCCCGUGGAGACGUGAUGUGAAGUGUGAUCUGGCGAAGUCGCCAGUGUCCCCGGACUCUGAAGCCGUGUGCCGAUACUGAGUGCUCGAUGAGGUUGGAUGGACCGGCUCCGUGGGUUGAUAUCGCCCCCUGGCGGCCUGCGGUUGACUGGUCGGACACAGCGGCGACAGAAGCGCUUGGUGAAUUGUCAUACUGUGGCAACUGCGACAUAAGGAGUAUAAAUGACUGUUAAUGGUCUGUCGCGACUUGGGCAUCUCAGUCAUGUGACCGAACUAUGUUGGAUAAUGAGCGGAGUGUUCCGACGAUCUGUGCUCAUUUUAUCGUGGUUGACCGCGCUGGAAGUUAGCAAAGUAUGUUACUUUUGCACAGUCCCUGGCUCGAGAAGCGCCGCUGACGCCGAGAACAGGCAGUCGAGCGUUCUGUCAGUUGAUCGGCGUGUGUCGGUAUCUAUUGACUUUGUACCUGUGGUGUGGUGCGUCCGAGUUCUUUUGACUCGGGUCAUCGUCAUUUCCCAUCUCUUGGCCCAUCAGCUUGUUAUGUAAUAAAACCGAGCUAAAAACUGGA